AUGAAAUUGGAAUCUACCAAAUGGCAAUCGGCCAAAUGGCAAUCGGCCAAAUGGCAAUCGGCCAAAUGGCAAUCGGCCAAAUGGCAAUCGGCCAAAUGGCAAUCGGCCAAAUGGCAAUCGGCCAAAUGGCAAUCGGCCAAAUGGCAAUCGGCCAAAUGGCAAUCGGCCAAAUGGCAAUCGGCCAAAUGGCAAUCGGCCAAAUGGCAAUCGGCCAAAUGGCAAUCGGCCAAAUGGCAAUCGGCCAAAUGGCAAUCGGCCAAAUGGCAAUCGGCCAAAUGGCAAUCGGCCAAAUGGCAAUCGGCCAAAUGGCAAUCGGCCAAAUGGCAAUCGGCCAAAUGGCAAUCGGCCAAAUGGCAAUCGGCCAAAUGGCAAUCGGCCAAAUGGCAAUCGGCCAAAUGGCAAUCGGCCAAAUGGCAAUCGGCCAAAUGGCAAUCGGCCAAAUGGCAAUCGGCCAAAUGGCAAUCGGCCAAAUGGCAAUCGGCCAAAUGGCAAUCGGCCAAAUGGCAAUCGGCCAAAUGGCAAUCGGCCAAAUGGCAAUCGGCCAAAUGGCAAUCGGCCAAAUGGCAAUCGGCCAAAUGGCAAUCGGCCAAAUGGCAAUCGGCCAAAUGGCAAUCACCCAAAUGGCAAUCGGCCAAAUGGCAAUCGGCCAAAUGGCAAUCGGCCAAAUGGCAAUCGGCCAAAUGGCAAUCGGCCAAAUGGCAAUCGCCCAAAUGGCAAUCGGCCAAAUGGCAAUCGGCCAAAUGGCAAUCGGCCAAAUGGCAAUCGGCCAAAUGGCAAUCGGCCAAAUGGCAAUCGACCAAAUGGCAAUCGGCCAAACUCAUCAAACGCAACACUCGUGAUAUCAAUGAUGUGUAUUGUCUAAAACCACUAUACACUGCUGGCCAAUAA